CUGAGAUCGGAUUGGAAACAGGAAGAGGACUUGAGGGGGGAGAAUAGAGACGGUGGAGAGGAUCGGGUGAGACAAGGUGGAGGAUAAGGGGUGCAGAGGGGUGUGUGUGGACCAAAAGACGGAAGACAAAUAAGAGGUGUGAAGUGGAGGGCCUCCUGAACAAAAACAGACUGGCUGCAUGUAUCACCCGGCAGAGCUGUACUCUGGCCGUAAAACAUGGCACUCCUACCAAGAUGGAGGACCGAACAGAGGUCAAUGGGCUCCGCUAAACAAUCGGCCUUGGACUCAAUCACAAAGAUGCAACGGAGGACGCAUUCCAUCCGAUCAUCCCAUCUCACCAACAAGUCGUCAGUAUAACAGGGGGGAACGGACAGUUCACUAUGCCCAAGACAAGGGUUCGUCUAAGGGGAACAGGCAGGCUCCACAUGUGUGGAAUGAUAAAGAAAAGCCAUUUGAGGCCCAGAAGUGGCAUCCCAAUUCCAUGCGCUCAUUCCACAACCGAGCUGGCACCAACAAUGGUUACCCAACAAGACCAGGACAACGCUACACAAACUGGGACAGCAAUGUCAGCAACUCUUUGCAUGGGAGUCCUCGCCUGCCCCGUAACAACAGACAGCUUCACUCCCCUCCUGAAAGAUGGGCUCCCUCAGACUAUCACAGAAACUUCCCUAGUCGAAUGAUAAAUGACAGACCUGGACCCUGGAAACGGCCAGCAUCUCAACACCGCCAAGACCAAAUGCACCAGCAGUGUUUACCCCCACAGCACCAGUCAUCAACAAGAGAUGAGUGUCCAGCCAAGCGGAGCCGAGACUCGGUUCUUGAUCAGUCACCUCAUCCUGGAUCAAGGCAUGUAAUCGGCCAUAUGUCAUCUCCACCUCGCCAUCCCCGUUGUAAUCAAGAUGACUGGAAGACGUCUCAUGACAAGGCAGGUCCUAGCCACCCCUCUGAACACAGGACCUCAACACCACAGCAACAGGAGACCUCGAAAUCCCGCGCUGGAGGACAUAGCUUUUGCAACAGUGACCCAACAUGUCAGAACCAGGGUUGCAGCAGCAGGGCUUCACAUCUUGGAAACAGUUCUGGAAAAAUGUCUUCACCAGCAGAACACACCCGUGUGCCUUACAGCCACCAAAAUCCUCAUUACCAACAUCAGCGGCACACUCGCCACCUCAGAGCUGAACAGCACAAACCUCUGACAUACCGCCUUGAGAAAGAGGAAGAGGACUCAAGAAAUCAUCUCCACAAGCAAAGCACAGAAAUUCAACGCAAGAUAAGAGGCAUUUCAGGAGAAUCAGCCACCUACAAGUCUUUUGCAGAAGAGUCGUUGCACUAUUCCUCCCUUCAUUCAAAGCAUUCUGAUCACAGUCCACGUAUUAGUCCUUCAUUACACAAAGCAGCCAAGAGCAGUCAACAAUGUAACUCUGGCCACAGUGGGCAACCCAAAGUCCAGGGCAGCCCCACUCACAAAGCAAGGUGCUCACCCUCGAUCUCAUCUCAUACAACCCCAACAGGUCCAAAAUCCAAGUUUUCAGAUGUCAAAUACAAGAAGACCUCACAUCUUUUCUGCUCAUCUCCGCGUGGCAAGUCAAGAAUAAACAAGUCGGAAAAGGACUCGGAUCCCAAGAGAACAGCUGGGUGCUUAGCAGACAAACUGGUGAAAAGGGAGAGAAGGGACGAUAUCAAGAAGGCUGACGAAAGAAAAAAACGGAGGGAUGAUUUCAAGAAGGCUGAAGAAAGAAAAAAGCGGAAGAAAAAAGAACGAAAAAUGGGUGAGAAAAAAAAGAAAAGGGAUAAGUCGACAAAAAAGAAAAGGCUGAAUGCGAAAUCAACAAAAAUGGAAACUUUAGUAGAGGAGCAUCUUUCUAUUGGUGGAUCUUUUUCUCCACGAGCGUUGCCCCCACAAGAGCGAGGACGCUCAGUCGAAACAAAAAACAGCUCUAACCCAAACAGAAAAGACCCCUCCACAAUCUCAUCUCAGUCACAAAAAGGACCAAAAGCAAAAACUAAUGAUACACCCCCUUCCCUUUUGUAUGAAGAUUUAGAACCUCUCAGCACAGCCUGUUCUCAGAUGACUGGGCACGAAAAGGAGCAAAGAGUGCAACUCCAUGCCCCAGAUCUCCAGCCUGUGGGUGUGAUUGGAAAUGGAGAAGUGGGAGACAACCUUGCAAACACUCCUCCUGUACUCAGCUGGCAAGGCUCACCGAUAUCAGAUGUGGGAGAGGAUGAAGACGAGCUAGAAAAUGGAAUGAUAAGCAGACCUGUCCUCCAGCCCAGUCCCACUCAGUGUUUUUCUCCUCCGCCCUUGGAAGGCGAGACUAUGGAUGACGUCGUGAAGGAAUCUGCAAAAUGUCAACUGGCGGAUUGUUUGGAACCCUCUGAUUCUUCAAGUACAUCUAAACAUUUUCUUAAAGACGAGAAGGAAGAAUUUCCAGAAAAGUCCACUUCUCCAUAUAGAGCAGGUUUGGAGGAUGUCUUCAAGAGUCUGGCCAAUUUUCUCACUGGCCAGAGGGCAACAUGUCGAGGAGGUCCCUUUGGGGGUUCUCCUACUUUGAACGCUAACGGGAUUAAGUUUGCCUCCUCUCUUGCUCUGGGACCAGAUAUUAACUGUCACCAGCACCAAGCCCAGUCGCAGCCAGCUUCAUCUCCAGAAUCGAAUAAUCAGUGUGAUUCUCAUUUAGAGCUGCAAACUGAGACAGAGCAUUGCGAGCCUAUCACAGACACCUCCAGAACAGACGAGCCUGAUGUGAAUCUUAAAGAGAUACGAGACGUUAAGGAUGAAUACAUCCAAACUGAAAAAGAGGUCUCUCUUUUGGACCACUCACUCAGUGCCGAGCUGAGACUGACUACCACCCACACUACCUCGUUAAGCCACCUUCUUGUUUCCAGCAAAGACGAACAGCUAAAGAGCGAGGGGAACGAUCACAAAGCAAGUGUGAAAAUUAAGAUAAAGAAGGAGAAACAGACUGUUAUCCCCAAAAAUAAACACAGAAAUAAAGAACAAAAAUCACCUCCAGGUAAAGAUUUGCAGAAAAAGAGAGUGAAACAUAAAAACACAAAAGUCAUCACAAAGAAAAAGGAUGAUGUCGGCGUGCUUGCAAGUAUUGUAUCAUCAGAAGUCGGGACUUCUGUGACUAAAAGUGCAUUCUUAACCACAUCCAAAAUAUGCACCAGCACAGCCAGUCAACUUCCUUGUACACCGCCAGCUUCUCAUGACCCAUUCAAGCUCAAACUGCUGUCCAUGGGCUUUACCAAGGAACUGAAGGUCCACUUGGUUAAGAUGGAGAUUCAUGAUACAGCAGAGGUUGAUGAGCAAACAAUCCCACUUUGUCAGAUCAGUAUUCAAAACACAGCUGCUGAAGUGGUCAGAGCUUGCAAGGUGGCACAGAUCAAGGAGAAAUUUAAAGAAUCGUACCUGCUUCCUUCUUUUUCUGUAAAGCCUAACAUUGCCAUCCAGAUUCCUAUUCCUAGAGAAAAGCUCAACCCUCCUACACCAAGCAUCUAUUUAGAAAGCAGAAGGGACGCCUUCUCGCCAGUCCUGCUUCAAUUCUGCACCGAUCCCAAAAAUGCGGUGACUGUCAUCAGAGGCCUUGCUGGCUCUCUCCGCCUCAAUCUUGGCUUGUUUUCCACCAAGUCCCUGGUGGAAGCCAAUGCAGAACAUGCUGUGGAAGUGAGGACUCAGGUUCAGCAACCUGCUGAUGAAAACUGGGAUUCCCGUGGCUCAACCCAGACGUGGCCCUGUGAAAGCAGCCGCUCACAUACCACCAUUGCCAAGUACGCUCAGUACCAGGCUUCCAGCUUCCAGGAGAGCCUGCAGGAGGAGAAAGAGAGUGAAAACGAAGAGGAAGAAGAGCAAGCCGACUCUUCAAAUACUUCAUCUGUCACUAAAGCGGGUGUGUCAUCAGCCAGCAGUAAAGGCAGCCCACCUUCAACUGAUGUUAAAACCACUUCCACGCUCCUCUCCAGCAAAAACAACGCUGCGAACGCGCCAAGCUCGGAGCUGAAGUCUUUUGGAAAGAUAAUCAAAUUUGGGACGAACAUAGAUCUCUCAGACCCGAAAAGGUGGAAGCCUCAGCUGCAGGAGUUGCUGAAGCUGCCAGUGUUCAUGCGAGUGGAGUCGAGCAACAACAUGCUCAGUCAUGUCGGUCACACAAUUCUUGGCAUGAACACUGUCCAGCUCUACAUGAAGGUUCCGGGCAGUCGGACCCCAGGUCACCAAGAGAACAACAACUUCUGCUCAGUCAACAUAAAUAUUGGACCAGGUGACUGUGAGUGGUUUGCCGUUCACGAGCACUACUGGGAGGCUAUCAACAAGUUCUGUGAGAAGCAUGGAGUAGACUACUUGACGGGGUCCUGGUGGCCAGUUCUGGAAGACCUCUACAGUUCCAACAUCCCUGUGUACCGUUUCAUUCAGAGGCCAGGUGACUUGGUGUGGAUUAAUGCAGGGACAGUGCACUGGGUCCAAGCUGUAGGCUGGUGUAACAACAUCGCCUGGAAUGUGGGCCCACUAAACUCAUACCAAUAUCAACUCGCUCUGGAGCGAUAUGAGUGGAAUGAACUGAAGAAGGUUAAGUCAAUUGUUCCCAUGAUCCACGUUUCCUGGAAUGUGGCUCGGACUAUCAAAAUCACUGACCACGACACCUUCAAGAUGAUUAAACACUGCCUACUGCAAUCCAUCAAGCAUAUCCAGGUUUUAAGGGAACAAUUGAUCGCUUCGGGAAAGAAAAUCUCUUAUCAGAGUCGUUUGAAGGAGGAGCCAGCGUACUAUUGCAACGAGUGUGACGUGGAGGUGUUCAACAUGCUGUUUGUGACAAGUGAAAACAGCACUAAGAAAACCUAUGUGGUGCACUGCGAGGACUGCGCCCGGCUUAAAAGCCCGUCAUUGAAUGGAGUGGUGGUGCUAGAACAGUAUCGAACAGAGGAGUUGAUAAAAACCUAUGACACCUUCUCACUGGCUCCAUCACCAUUAUCAAAAUGAGGACGUCUUUGUGGCAUUUUUCAGGCAUAACCAAAACUAAUGGCAGCACAAAUGUUGCCAGCAAGGCAAUCUACUCCUGCAAGGAUGUUGUGAAUCCGCCAAUCAAUGUUUACUCUGUUGUUUACAUCACACAGUAAGGUGUAGAUACUCAGCCAAUCCAAGUACAGCUCACUGUCUUCUCCUUACCAGCUGCCGAUUGGACUUGUGAAUUGAAAUAGAAUGACUAGAAUGGUAAUUAUCAUGGAUGGGGGGAAAAAAAGUGAACACUGUUAGCACUGAAAAUCAGGUUACAUACCGUACAUUCAACGGACUUCUGCUGUGAUUCAAAAGCGUCAAGUAGCCAAUUUUAUGUAUCAAUUCAGGUACUUUUAUGCAAAUUCCGUUUUUUUUUACACCAAUCUAGUUAUUCUAUAUGUCCAUGAAUUUGCUGUGAUUCUAUUGUACCAGCAGGGGAAACCGCUUCACACCGGAGAAGUAGCUGAUUGUCACAUUUGUUAAUGAUCCCAGUUUGUGUUGAUCUUCAGGUAAACUUUGACAUGUUACUCAUGCCUGUAAACUCUCUGAGGUGCUAUACUCCAAUCUUAUUUAUUCUUGUCGGAUCAGUUCAAAAGGUUUUACCAGCCUGGAAGUACACCAUAUUGGCCUUGUGAACUGUAUUUAGAGAGUUGGAAUUAGAUUAAAAACUAUGCCAAUAUGUUUUUAAUUUAAAAAAAAAAAAAAAAAAAGGGGGGUGCUGAUUUCUCUAAAAUACGGGUUUGUUAGAGAAGUAAUAAUGGUCGCGGUUUUAAUUGGGGUUCAAAUCGCCGAUAUAGUCUAUGAUACAACUGAAAGCAAAGUGGUGUGGAUUUUCUAUUUUAUUUGUUUGGUACGGGAAAUGAAUCCCAAUUUUAUACCUCUUUGUGUUGCUUGGUUCCUGUUUUUAGAUAAGAUAAACAUAACAGUAAAAUAACUGUACAUUGUGAAUGAUUUUAUGGGAUUGAAAAAAAAAAAAGUGGAGUGCAUAGAUGAAGUACAGGGGGAAUCACCAAUUAAACAAUAAGACAAAUCACGAGAGUCCAGAUUUGCACUUACACAUCUCUUGCAUACUGUACAUAUCCACUAACAAUACCAGCAAAUACCACUGGAUAUGUAACAAAGAGUACAGUAAGGUAAAUAUUUGAAAGAUGACAUUUUGUCCUCACGUGUUCCCAGAGAAGUACUUUUAUUCUUGCUGUAGAUUACAUUUUCAUUCAUUUGGCCAAAUGUGACUGGUCACGAUGAUUUAACAGAACCAAGUGUUUCCCACAUGGUAAAAUUCACUUGUUGCAGUUGAGUUUCCAAGAGUAUUUCAUUAGUAACAAAUAGAGUUGCUCUCGAAAGAUGAAAUAUACACAAUUAUGAGCACAGUGACACAAUUUCUGUACAGCAAAACCAUACUACAGUGAGCCCUCGCUACUUCGCACCCUCAGUCCAUCAGAUUUUUUUUCAACUAUAAAAAAAAAAAAAUACAACUAAGCUGUCCCGAGCCGAUUGCUUAGUCUCACUCACUCCCUCCCUCAUCCUGCUCUUUGUUCUUCACGCAGGUAGUGCACGUGCACAGCAGUUGCUUAUUAAAGUUAACGAUGUUGACAGAUGUUUGUGUUUGAUCUUGCCAGAGUCAAGGGCUUCAAAAGCGCUGCAUGCGUAAAUCAUCGUUUAACUUGUUAAACAGUCGCUGUGGCAACUCAUUGUGUGUGAGAGGAUUUAAGUAGACUCUCUCAAUGAAGUGCUGCCUUGGAACAGUUACAGGCUCUGUGUGCACAUUGCGCAAGCAGUGGGAUAAGCAAGUUGGCGCUGGAAUUAAUGUGUGUGGCGACAUUCGAGGGAGCUGGACGUGUUGUGUUCACGGCAAUAAACGCCACAUGAUAAAAGUGAUCCUGAGCAGUUUGGAAUGUCCACAUGUCACUCCAAGAGUCAAAGCCAAGGGAGGUAACAGAAGCAUUUAAUAAAGCCAAGCGUUUUUAUACAGUACAAUACUUUAUUCUUGUUUAAAAAUAAUUCCGUGGGAGGGUAACAUGUUUAAAACUUAUCAUAAUUAUUGCAUUUGAUGUGCUGAAAAACAUCUAAAAAAGUAUAUAUACGCAGUAUAUAAUUUUUUUAAAUUGUACUUUGGGGGGAAAAAAGUGAAAAAACAUGCCUUAUAUGUAUCUCUUUCCAAUGCUAAAUCUGAAUAAAUUCAUUGAACACACACAACCAUACAAAAAAUUGGGUCGGGGGUGCCCUACACUGUUUUUCACUUAUCGCGGCGGGUUCCUGUCGCCAUUAUGCCCCCAAAAAACGAGGGAUCACUGUAAUAGAAAAUUAUUCGCUUACCAUCGCAAAAAAAUUUACAUUUAGGGAACAAUUGGGAACCAUUUCAACAUAGAAGUUCCAACUAAUUCAAUAAAUUAGUAAAUUUAAACUCUGCAACUUAGAGCAAACUUUGGCAGAGCUUGUCAAUAGUUGAAUUUGGAUGUUUUUGCCACUUUUUAUUUAGUCAUAGCUGUUAAAUUUAUUCAAGGACUGCAUCUUUCAACGUAAUCAAACUUCUAAUGUGCACUUAUUAAACUAUAUAAACUAUAUAUUCGAAUUACCAAAGGUUGUACUCCUUUUAUAAGUGUAAAAACAUGAGAAAGACUUAUUAUAAUACAUUAAAAAUCUAAUUUGAUUCACCCCUGCUAUUAUUCCUCUAUGCACACCGAACUAUGUAAAUAAUACAAAAUAUAUCUGUUUUCUAGUUGACUUAAAUAGUUCUUUGGAAUCUAAUUUGUAAAUGGUCAAACUUGUCAUGCUCAGUCUCCUGUUUAUGUUUGUCGGGAGGGAAAAAUGAAAUAAUCCUCCACUAUUCUGAUUCAUUCGUUUAAAUAACUGCACUUGGAAUUUUGUCCCACUUUAAUACCUCUUUUUGUUGACUGGUUUGUUUUAAGGUGACUGCAGAGAAAAUUGUAAAUGUGACAUUAUUUAUACUGUACAUGCGACAUGGUUUUCUUAAAUAUUUAUUGCAUCGCAAACAGUUCUCAUUCAUGGGGCUACAUGGUAUUUUCAAGCUGUAUGGUGGUAAGUGACAUUGAUAGGGGACAGCGCAAUGAGGGGCUCGUGUAUUCCCCUUUGGUGCUAGACCCCUCUUGUGCUCCGUUCAUGUCACAACACGAUGAUGAAUAAGCAGUGAUAAAACUCAAGCCAACCCACUGGUGCUUAGAAACAUUUAACACAAUUUACUGUAACUAAAAUCAAAUCUUUGUACUGUAUUUAACUCAUGAAUACUAAAGCUUUUUUUUUUUUUAACUUCAUAAUCUUGUGUGGCUAUAUUGGUGACUAUGAAAAUUUGUAGCUGUAGUUGUAACUCUUGACACAU